UAGAAAAGUGAUUUAUAGACAGCAGCAGAGAAAGAAAAGUGAGUCUGGACUGCGGCUUAAGUGGACAAGGGUCAAUUUAAGAAGCCACAAGUCCAGUCUUUCUUUUUCUUUCUUUUUUCUUUCUAUCUUUUUCUUUCUUUCUUUCUUUCUGUUCAUCCUCGUUUUGUUUCGUUUUAUCCCCUGUCUCUGGACACGGUUAUGCCUUUAGCCUGUGCUCUCUGGACGGUACCUGCGGUGAUGGGCCAGGCCGGGAGAUGAGCAGCGGGCGGUGUGGGGGUGCCAGGGGCGCAAGAGGAGGUCUGGACGCUGAGGCCACACAGUGAUAGGGCCGAGACCGCCUCAUGUGUUGGGCCUCCUCUGAGUUCCCGUCCCCACCAACCCCCAUCCUCCCAGCAUCAGUGGGAUGUCCCAGGUGUGUCUCCUUUUGGCCUUGCUCAUGCUCUGCAGCUGCACAAAGGUCUCCUCUGCUAACUCCUUAGAGCUUGUGAAGGAGCAGUGGAGCAGCUACAAGAGCCAGUGCCAGGACAACCUCAACUCCACGCCCCCCGCCACAGGGCUGGUGUGUAACAGGACCUUUGAUCUGUACGCCUGCUGGCCUGAUGGACUCCCAGGAACCACCGUCAAUGUCUCCUGCCCAUGGUUUCUGCCAUGGUACCACAAAGUUCAGCAGGGUUUGGUCUACAGAGUCUGCAAAGAAGAUGGUCAGUGGGCUAAAAAGAAUACCAGCGAAUGUGAGGACGACCCUGAUGAGCAGCAGCAGUAUGGACGCAUCCUCAGUCAGUUACGGAUCAUGUACACAGUGGGCUACUCGCUCUCCCUGGGAGCUCUGCUACUGGCUCUGGGAAUCCUCAUCACCUUCAGGAAGCUCCACUGUAUGAGGAACAACAUCCACAUGAACCUGUUUGCUUCAUUCAUCCUGAGAGCUGUGUCCAUCCUGGUAAAAGACGCCCUGCUGACCCUCACACUGGACCCCAGGAGCAGCAGCAACACGCAGGCACAGGCCUGGGCCAACGCACCGGCUGUGACGUGGUGCCGUGGUGCCAUGGUGAUGAUGCAGUAUAGCGUGAUGGCCAACAAUUAUUGGCUGCUGGUGGAAGGCAUCUACCUACACAGCCUGCUAGUCAUCACAGUGUUCAGCGAGAGGAAGUACUUCUACAUUUACCUGGCCAUCGGCUGGGGUGCACCACUCAUAUUCGUGUUGCCGUGGAUCACAGUGAAAUACCUGUAUGAGAACGAGGAGUGCUGGGAGAGGAAUAUUAACAUGGGAUAUUGGUGGAUCAUCCGUUCUCCUAUACUGUUUGCUUAUCUGAUUAACUUCUUCAUAUUCAUCCGAAUUAUCAAAAUCCUGAUGUCUAAACUCAGAGCUCAUCAGAUGAGAUACACCGACUACAAGUUCAGACUGGCAAAGUCCACUCUGACCCUCAUCCCUCUGCUGGGGAUUCACGCCAUCCUCUUCACCUUCGUCAUCGACGAGUCGGUCCCCAAAGGUUCCAUGCUGCGCCUCAUUCGCCUGUUCUGUGACCUCCUGUUUAACUCCUUCCAGGGCCUGCUGGUUGCCAUCCUGUACUGCUUUGUCAACAAAGAGGUGCAGUCAGAGAUGCUGAAAAAGUGGAAGAGGUGGAAGCUGGGGAAGGACAUUGACGAGGAGUAUCGCCACACCCACAGCCACACGCCGCACAUCAAGAGUGGCAGCAUCGCCACCGGCAAUCUGCCCGACCUCCACGACAACAACGGCAGCGACCCCAGCUGUGACUCACCUCGCCUCAGCAAAACUAACAGAGGCCCGUCCUGCUCCGCCGCACCGGAGGAGAACCGCCGACUGGUCGUGUCCUACAGCAACGGGACGGGGAAGGGCAGGCAAGGCAAGGGCAGACACAACCUGCAGUUCUCUUUCCUGCCGCACCGUGGCCCCACCAGCCAUGCCAGCACCGCCACAGAGGAAGUGUGUCUGGAAGAGAGGGCACAGUGCCGCAUAUACCCUCUGAAAGGAGAGGAGACUAAUGUCUGAGGACAAACCUGCUCCGAGCUCUCGUCAUGGAAACACUCACUGAGUGUGCUUAUCGUUGUUUCGGAUCAGUGUUUAUCAUGCACCAACAAGACACCCUGAGUGGGAAUGAGGAGAAUGAGGAAGUGACCUACGCAGAUCAGGAUGCUCACCGCUGCAUAACGCUGCAGGAAAUGUUUCAACCUGCCCAGCUGCAAAUUAAUAUUUAUUGGUUUUGGGACCUUGAGCAAAAAAAAAGAAAAAGCACUUAUUGACUUCAGACAUCAGGAAUGAUUAAACUCUAGUGGUGGUUUCAGCGUGAGUGUGUGUAUGAUCUCAUUUCAACCCUUUGCUACUAACCCUGCCCACAUCUGUGCUGCUGUUGCCAUUGUGAGUCGUGCUUGUGUUGUGGUACUCUCCUCCAAAAACUUAUCAGUGUCAGUUUUUUGUUAUCUUAUCUUCUUGUUGUCUUGUUUCUCUUCUUUUGUGAGCAUGGAUGUGGACAACGGCGUGCACGGCUCCUGAUGUCUUGGUCAUGGACAUCGUAAGAAAGACAGGGGAGAGAGAUUCACUGGAGAACACUGACUCCUAUCACACAGUGUCAUGCCAUGACACUGUGUGAUAGUAGUGCCACAUGCCAGUGUCUUACCAUGCUGAGGCAGAGGACGCAUGCUUUCAUCUAAGACUGUGCAAUGAUGUUUUAAGUUAUUCUGGCCAAAGCCAAACAAGAAAAUAAUAAUGUCCUAUUGUGGGUUUUAUAUCAGUUGGGCAAAGCAUUUAAUGCAUAAAUUGAUGCACAUUCCUUUCCUCUUUUUUUGUUUUGUGUACCAACUUUAUCCUUCUCCUUUUUUAAACAGGUUUUCCUGACUGAAUGUAUAUGAAGGAGAAAUAUGGAUGAAACAAUGUGUAAGUGUAUAUAGGUGAUUAGAAACACACACAGUGUCCAUAGCGCCUGCAUUUGUCCAGUGAUGAGACUUGAUUUGCCUUCACAGACUCGUAAAGAGUGAAAAUUCAUCCACAACACACAAUUGCAGUUAAAUUGAUGAAACUGGGUUUGACAUAUGUGGCAUCUGGUGAAACAGAGAGUUGUUGCUGAUCACCAUCAUCAUCCUGCUCCAGUCAGUGUCCAUACAGCUGCACAUUUAUCCAGUUAUACAGUAUUGUUUAGAAAGAAAAUUAAACGUUUUUUUGUACACAAAAUAUACGAUGUACAGAUCAGAGAAGUCCUUUUAUACGCCUUUUUAAAGCGAAGGUGUUGCAUUUCAUGACAUAAUGUGUGAAUAAGUUUUGUUGAAAAGAACACCACAUUACCAAUGGAGGAACAGAUUUUAUAUUUAUUUUUUCCCCCCUCUGCAGAUUGGAUCAGGGCUCGUAUUUCAUGACACAGAAAGCAAAAUGUGCUUCACAUAACCACUUUUAUUGCUUUGACUUGAGGAAAUGAGAAAAAUUAAGCAAAGAUUUAGCAUGUUUAAAAAUUCAGGUUCAGUUAUGAAACGGCCCUGGAUUUAAUCAUCAAUAGAUUUCCAUCACAAUGGAGCCAACGAGGAUUUUGACAAAGAGAUUUCUGAUUAAGUUCUUGAUCAAGGAUGGAAAACAAAUAUUCUGUUUGAUGUGUUGGAGCGCACACUGUACAAUGUAAAUAUUGGUGAAAGUGAACAUUAUAAAGACAAAGAGUUGGUGGGUGGAGGGGUGUGUUGUUUUUCUCUGCUUUUGCUUGGAGGUGAGUGAAAAAUGAAAAUCAACAUGACUAAUUACCUUGAGAACAGACUCUGUUUUGCAGAACAUGAUUGUACCUGUCCUUUUAUUUAAAAUGUUGCAGAUGUCAGGAGGGGCCCAAAGCAAACAAUGCCAUGAGUGAGAGCGAGAAAUUUUAUAUAAAAGCCAA